AUGUCCGCCGCCGGGCGGGAACUGGGCCUGUCGCCGGCCGUCGUUUCAAAACGCCUGCGCCGGCUCGAAGACCGUCUGGGCACGCGGCUGUUGCAGCGCACGACGCGGCAGAUCGCGCUGACCGAGGCCGGACAGGGUUUUUACGAACGGGUUGUCGCCAUACUUGCCGGGGUCGAAGAGGCCGAGGCGUUCGUCUCGCGGCGGUCGGCCCAUGCGCGGGGCACGUUGAAAGUCAGCGCGCCGACCUCGUUCGGCCGCAUGCAUAUCGCGCCGCAUCUUGCCCCCUUCAUGAAAGCCAAUGCGGACCUGUCGGUGAACAUGCUCCUGUCCGACGAUCUGGUGGAUAUCGUCGGCGAAGGGUUCGACGUGGCCAUCCGCAUCGCCGAGCUGGCCGAUUCGAGUCUUGUGGCGCGCAAACUGGCGCCGGUGCGCCGGGUUCUGUGCGCGACGCCGGACUAUCUGGCCGAGCAUGGACGUCCCGAGACCCUGGCCGACCUGGCCGACCAUAAUUGCCUGACACACCAGGCAUCGGACAUCUGGCGGUUCGAGGGUCCGGACGGCGAUGCGAGCUUCAGGCCGCAGGGCAAUCUGCAAACCAACUCGUCCGAAGUGAUCCGCGAGGCGGUGCUGGCAGGCCUCGGAGUGGCGCUGCGCUCGACCUGGGAUGUCGGCGACGAGCUGGCCGCCGGCCGGCUGGUGCAAUUGCUGCCGGACCAUGAGAGCGCAACCAAUGUGGGCAUCUAUGCGAUCUAUCCGUCGCGCCAGUUCCUGCCGGUCAAGGUCCGCCUUUUCAUCGAUCAUUUCGCCGAUCUGUUCGGCUCGGUGCCCUAUUGGGAACGCGGCGCCCAAGCCGGACAUGGCCGCGACAACAGGGCCGCGCCGGACGAUGCGCCGCAGCGGCCGGGCAACCCGAAGGGUCCGCCGAGCGGCUAUCGGGGCAAUGGCGCCAACGGGCACGGGGACGGUGCUCCGGCAGGCGAAUAA